GGAAAAAAAAGGAACAAACUUUUGAAGGGGAGGGCAGGAACAGCGGAGGGCAUUGGUCCCCGUCGGCCCGUCCUCCUUCCCCUCCCACACGGCUUCUUCCCCUUCCUCAUCGACGGCUCCUCCAUACACCACCACAGACAGGCAGAGGAGCGCGUACACACGGAGGGCCGUACGGUGAGGGAAGGCGGCGGCAGAUGCCGGGCAGCCAGAACGGGCGGCCGAGGCCGGCCAAGGCCGAGACCAUCCACGGCCUCGUGCGCGCCGGCGACCUCGCGGGCGUCCAGAGAAAGCUGCAGGAGAACCCCGCCCUCCUCAACGACAAGAACCCUGUGAUGUCCCAAACACCACUUCAUGUCGCAGCAGGAUACAAUAAUACUGACAUAGUCAAAUUCCUGCUUGAUUGGCAAGGUGCAGAUGCAGUUGAGCUGGAGGCAAAGAACAUGUAUGGAGAGACACCCCUGCAUAUGGCAGUUAAAAAUAGUUCUUGUGAAUCGGCGAAAUUGCUCCUUGAACACGGUGUAUAUACAGAAGCCAAAGCAAAUAAUGGCAUGUCACCAUUGCAUUUGGCUGUCUGGCAUGCACUUCAAACUGGAGAUUGCAGCACCGUCACUGUAUUGCUAAGCUACAAUGCGGAUUGCUAUGCAAAAGAUGAUGAAGGUAAAAUCCCCUUAAAUCAUAUCCCAGGAGGAGCUGGCAAUGAGAAGCUGCUGCAGCUUCUCACUCGCUAUAUGGAAGAACAAAGAAAACGGAAAGCUGUGAUGUCAUGCCAUGAACAACAGGCAAUGGCAGAGUUUGAAGAAGCAAUUUCACAAAUCGUGGGAUUGCAAGAGCUGAAAAUGCAAUUACGUCGAUGGGCCAGGGGAAUGCUAUUUGAUGAGAAGCGACGGGCCAUGGGCUUAGGCAUUGCUAGCAGAAGAGCUCCCCAUAUGGCAUUUGUCGGCAAUCCAGGAACAGGUAAAACAAUGGUUGCUCGAAUUCUUGGGAAGCUUCUAUAUAUGGUUGGAAUUCUCCCCACCGACAAAGUUACUGAAGUUCAGCGAACUGAUCUUGUUGGAGAAUUUGUGGGGCAUACUGGACCAAAGACGAGGCGAAAGAUAAAGGAUGCUGAGGGAGGGAUUCUGUUCGUCGAUGAGGCUUACAGGUUGAUACCAAUGCAAAAAUCCGAUGAUAAGGAUUACGGUCUGGAGGCCUUGGAGGAGAUAAUGUCUGUAAUGGACAGUGGCAAGAUAGUUGUCAUAUUUGCUGGGUACUGUGAGCCAAUGAGGCGUGUCAUUGCCUCAAAUGAUGGUUUCUGUAGGAGGGUCACAAAGUUCUUUGAUUUUGAUGAUUUCACCACGGCGGAAUUAGCAGAGAUCUUGCAUCGGAAGAUGAAUAGCCCGAGCGACACUAGUUUGCUUUACGGGUUCAAGCUGCAUCCGAGCUGCAGCAUCGAGGCCAUUGGAGAGUUGAUUGCCAGGGAGACCACCGUGGAGCGGCGUAAACAGCUGAACGGAGGGCUGGUUGACAUACUGCUCAUCAAUGCCCGUGAGAACCUGGAUCUUCGUCUUGAUUUCAAUUGUGAUGAUGCCGAUACCAUGAUCACAAUCACAUUGGAAGACCUGGAAGCAGGCCUCAGGCAGAUCUCAAGACAGCGCCAGUUGAGAUGACUUACAAAUUUGGAAAACUUUUUUUUCUUUGAUAAACUGAGGGUGAUAGGCAACAGCCCAAGUUACAUAGAUUUAUGUGUUUUGACAGAAGUUACAGGAUUCAGUGCAUUGUUUUGGGUAUUCUUUCUGUUGUAUCUCUUCAACUUGCUAGAUUGCUGCCCUUUUACAACAGUAGUUGUACCAUGUAGUUCCUUCUGAACUCAUUAUUAUUUCCCAGUGAGGUAUAUAGAACAUGUGUAUAUACAUUCCUUUUACCAUGGAGAAGUUUUUAGAGAA